GAUCAAGCCUAUUCAAUAAGUCAGCUGAUCAUGCUUUUAAUAUCCACUCACUCAGUCAUCACUGCGCUGUUGAAAUUUACUAAAAUUGCCUUCUAAUCUGUGUCAAGCCUAAGUUUGCACGAUCAGAAAUUGUUGCUUUAGAUAACUGAAGAUUUAUCACCAUUCACUGACGACCAAAUCAAGGGCUAAAGCCACCAAUGGUUUGUCCAUGUUCUUAAUUUCCUAUGCCGAGCAACCGCAACGUAAAUUAGAGUCAAGAGGACGGACUGCGGCCCGGCCGCGGAGUUGAGGGAGCGCCAAGAAGGGGGUACCGUGCCGAUACCGCACCCAUAAUAGGCCAAGCCUAACGGCUAAGAUUUCCAGCACUCGGAUCUUUAGCCUUUGACGGUCUUUUCAAUUUUCUAAGAAAAGAAGAAAUCUGUCUGAAUCUUCAUCCAAACAACAAUUGAGACCAUCCACCAAACUUCUUUCAAUAACGGCUAUGCAAGUCUUAUGACCAUGGAGAGAAUACAUUGGAUCUACACACCGUUGCUACUGGCAGCAAUAUGCACCACACCAUGUUAUAUAACUGGUUUGCCCAUCACUACAGAGCCAGGGCCAACUCUACAAACCGACAUAACUGAUAUCAUAACAGAUCUCCAAGCAAUUGCUGGUAAUGAGAGUUCUACAUCCAACGCAAUGCCACAGUAUUCUACAACAAUUCCAUCUGAGGUUCCUUCAUUACAGCCUGGAGAUACUUUAAAUACAUCUACAGUACAAGAAACAUCACCCCAGAAUCUAACAACCACAUCAGUAGCCACAACGACAACGUUGAAUGUAACAUCAACUGAGCCACCUACAACGACAGCAUUUGCAGAAACAAUAAUACCAUCUGAAACAGCAACUGCACCAUCUACAUCAACGACCACACCAGUGCAAUCAUCAACGAUGCCAACAACACUUAAAACCACAUUGCCAACAUCUACCGCUACAUCACAUCCAACUACAAGUACAUCAAGUUCUACCACGCCCCAAACUUCAACAGUUAUUAAAACGUCAACAAUGCAGUCAAUUAUUCCAGUGCACGAAGCAACAUUACCAGUAACUACUACACCUAGAGGGAGUACAACAACACAAGGAGCUCCAACAACAACAAGAGAGUCAACACAUAUAUCAGAUAACCUAACAACAAAACAUAGUGGAGAUUGGAAUAUAAUUGGAAUUUCGGGUAACAGUUUUACAGGUAAAAUCCUGCUUCCUAUAGCGGUGGGUACUGCAUUUUCUGUGAUUAUCAUAGCUGUUGCUUAUUGCUAUUGCUCAAGGAGAGGAUCAAAUAGAGCAGCCAAGUCAAGUAGAAAUGGGGUUCAUAGAAUGACAAGCAAUGACAGGGUAAUGCUACUAGCCGACAGCUCAGAGGAUGAGUUCUAGGGUUGCUGGGUCACAAUGAACUGAACAAUCAGUGAAUAUGGUUGGGAAGUGGAUGCAACAAUGGGACAAGUACAUGAAGGACAUCAACAACCUUGAAGGCCUGUCAACCUGACCUAUAUCUAUCUUGCCUGUACUCUUCAGAUCUCUUACUACCAGUUCCUCCAGAUGCUUCAAUUGGACAGGUACAUCAAGGACAUCAACAGCUUCAGAAGCCUGUCAACCCGAACUGCAUUCUUGUACUCUUCUAGUUUGGGAAAUGGAUCAUAAUUUAGGAACAAAGGUUGACUGAAUUCACCGUUUUAGCUACAAGAUGGCUAGCAUAGAUUUGAUUGUUUCCAGAAUAGGACAUACAUGUGAGAUAUUGGGACAGGAGCAAAUGUUGUAGGAGCAUGUGGUGUCACCCUGUUGAAGCAGAGUUCCUGAUCAAAAUGUGGCACAGGCUUAUCUUUUCCCUCAUUUAUUGCAGCAAUUCAUUUUGGUUUUAAUGAAUAAAGCUGAAGUAAAAAUGAUAUUGAAGUGGUUCACAUAAUUUGCAUAGUUGAGGUUUUACACCCCAAAUUGAGACUUUAUGGCCUGAAUUCACAAAGGUGGUUUUUGAAACCAUCGGUCGAACCCAUGGUUUAUGCAGAUUUCCUGUAUAAAUUACGCUUUUUUACUGUGUAUAUUAAAAAAUAUCCAAUGCUGAUGUGCGCUUUUGUCACAGUGCACCAAAUUGACGCCUAUUGCCGUGGUUAUCCAUGCUAUUUUAUGCACGAGUCCACCGUUUUGAAUUAAUGAAUCUACUCUUAAAAAGGUGGACUCAUGAAUAAAAUAGCGUACUUAACCAUGGCAACAGGUGUCAAUUUGGCGCACUGUGACAAAAGCGCACAUCAGCAUUGGACAUAUUUUAAUAUACGCGGUAAAUAAACAUAAUUUAUACAGGAUAUCUGCAUAAACUAUGAGUUCAACCAAUGUUUUUAAAAACCACCUUUGUGAAAUCGGGCCUAUUAGUUUGUUGCAUUGAUGUUCUGCUGGCUACUAACAUUUGUUUUUAUUUCUUUGGUGUACACUGUUAGGAGAAGUGCACAAAUUUGUUGUGUAAUGAAAAUGUAGGAGGUUGGGUUUCAUACAGCUCUGUUAAAGUUACACAGAAUUUUUCAAAUGACUUGUGUGCUAAAUCAAAUUUCGAUCAUUUUGAUUGAAUUAAUCAUUAAGAGAUGAAAUCAAAUUUUUGUUAUCUGUCAUCAUUUGAUUAGGGAUACACUUUCACUAUGUAAUAAUAGGAUAGACCAGUUCAUGUUGAACAAGAACAGAGGGUCAGCUACUUUACAGGGUCAUUCUUGGUCAUGUGUGUGACUGAAAGUAUGACAAAUCUAAAAAUUUAGUCAUUCAAAGGUUAUGUAACAUUAAGUUAUUUUUUGCUGUCUCCAAUAUGCAGGUUCAAGGUCAGAGGUAUAAAUGUGGGUCACGUGUGUGAAUUCACACAGCAUCAUGAAUAUGAAAGUUCAAUUUCAAAAUGAAAUUAAACUUUCAAAAUUAUCAUAAUUAUUUAUAAAUGUCUAAGAUUUUAGAUUUACUAAUAAAAGUCACGAUUCGUUGUAAUUUCUGUCACACACAUGAUCAAGAAUGGCCCCACACAUGACUUGUGACACUUUCUUGUGCAAUGCGAGAUACCCCAAUCUUUUUUCUGUUUUUACAUAUUAUUGGAGUGCAUUCUGAUCAUCCUAAUUAAAUUAAUUGAUGUUUCCAUUCAGAUUGAUUAGAAUUUUAAUCAAUAGAGAUUGGAUUUGAACUCGACCUGAUGCAGAUGGUAAAUAACAUGAGAAUCUGAUUCAACACACAAGAAAUGUUCAGUAACACCAUCUUGAACAGUCUGCCAGACCUUACAUGUAUGAGAGAUAUGGUCUGUGAGUUACUUACUCAUUGAUUUGCUACAUGAAUUCCAAGUCGAAAAUGUACUUACAUGUACAUAACAUAGUAAAAAAAUUCCACUUCAAGCAUGAAAUUUCAUAUUCAUGAUACUAUGUCAGGCGAACCAUGUACCAAAGGCUCCAGUUGAUAUUAGUUUUAUCACUACGUGAUACCUGGUUCUAAUUGGCUUAUCAAGAUUUUAAUCAGUGGGAUGGCUAAUAUCUGCCUGCGAGACCUGUUCCUCUUGUUUAUUCUGAAAAUGUUUUUGGAAUGAUGUGAUGUGUUGGGAGUGAAUCUUAAUACAGGUAUUUAAAUCAUGAUUUUGUAGUUUCCUUACAGAAUUCAACUUUAAAAUGUUCCAUUCAUGUGGGUAUUGAAUAGCACCUUAAAUUGCAUGCUCUAUGUAGCUAAUAGAUAUUGUAUUUAUAGGUUUAGAUAGAUGAUUUAGCAACUGCUUGCCAGAGCAAUAGAUAUUACAAUAUUUAUUUUAUAUAUAAUUUUUUUUUUGGAGCAGUUAGAAAAUUGGGAGAUUGUAGG